CAGUUCGUGGCACUGAGGUGCACACACAAAGGAUGUGAAGACCGAGGAAAAUGGUUGAGAACUAUGAUCAAGAUUAAAGUCAGAUGCUCGAAGCUUCUGGGGGAUGUGUCGGAGGAGCACAGAGCUGACCCAGCAAGUGAAGAUGAACCGUGUAAAUUGUUCGUGAAGGAAAGCCCUCUGCCUGGCUGAGCCCAGCAGCUGUCACUUGCAAUGGCCCUGUAUUCCCUUCAAAGGCUCAUACAGAGUGGUUCAUUGUGUGAAGGGCCUCGCUAUUUGAUUCCACUCCUACUACUUUGCAUUUACAUUACACAUUGAGAAAAUUAUGAACAACAACUAUCACUUCUGAGGGUGGAAACUGCCAUGAAUCACAAAGACAAGAAGUAAUUUUCUGUAAUCACAAGAUGACUCAGUUUCCCAGGGGAGAGAAAAUGAUUGUCCUAGAUUAGGUCAUGUGUCCACCCCUGUCCUACGUGACUGGCAGGCUCCAGCAUCACUCGAAGUCCAAAGAGAGGUGCAGUUCCUCAAAGGAAGAGUGGGAUGGAUCAUGCAGCUGCCCAGCUGGAGAAGCAGCACGUGCACGAUGUGUAUGAGAGCACCGCUCCUUACUUCAGCGACUUGCAGAGCAAAGCCUGGCCUCGUGUCCGCCAGUUCCUCCAGGACCAGAAGCCUGGCAGCCUCAUCGCUGACAUAGGUUGUGGAACUGGAAAGUAUCUUAAAGUGAACAGCCAGGUACAUACCCUGGGCUGUGACUACUGUGCGCCAUUGGUAGAGAUUGCCCGGCGUAGAGGAUGUGAAGUCAUGGUAUGUGACAACCUUAAUCUCCCCUUUAGGGAUCAGGGCUUCGACGCCAUCAUCUCCAUAGGAGUCAUACAUCAUUUUUCUACAAAACAAAGAAGAAUCAGAGCAAUAAAGGAAAUGGCCAGGGUCUUAGUUCCUGGAGGCCAGCUGAUGAUUUAUGUUUGGGCCAUGGAACAAAAGAACCGGCACUUUGAGAAGCAAGACGUGCUUGUUCCAUGGAACAAAGCCUUGUGCUCCCAGCCCCUCUCGGAAUCCAGCCAGCCUGGGAGAAAGAAGCAGUGUGGGCAUCCAGAAAGAAGCCAUCCCUACCACCCUCCCUGCUCUGUGUGCCGCUGUUCCGUUUGUUUCAAGGGGCGCUGGGAUUCGAGGCGGUCCCAUAGCGUGGAUUGUGACUCUGCUCUGGCUGGCACCUGCUGUGCAAAUAUUUCCAAGGAAGGCGAGGAAGAAAAUGGAUUCUAUAACACGCUGGGGAAGUCUUUUCGUUCCUGGUUUUCCUCUAGAUCUUUGGAUGAAUCAACUCUGAGGAAGCAAAUUGAAAAAAUGAGACCCUUGAAAAACACAGAAAGUUGGGCCAAUAGCACGAUAUCCACCCAGCCUUCAAGACACUCAAGUUUCGACUUAGAUCAUCCAGAGCCAUUUUCAACAGGAGAGCAAAAUUUAGAUGAGGAAGUGUUUGUGGAGACUUCUCAAAAACACCUGGAAUGGCUGAGAGCGCCCGCCACACACAAACACCUAAAUGGAGACCAUCCAAGAGGCGUGAGGAGAAAUGGAGAUGGGAAUUUUCUGGGUAGCACCAAUACCAAGGAGAAUUGUAUGGAUGCAGGUAACUUAGAAGAGGGUACCCCUUCUGCUAGUAAAAUAUGGAGGAGGAUUUCUGCAGCUGAUUCCAAAGAUUCUAACCCAGGUGACACCAUUUCUGUCGAAGAACAACAGUCCGACAUUUUGGAUUCUGGUGCCUUUAUGCGCUAUUACCACGUGUUUCGAGAAGGCGAGCUCUAUGGCCUGCUGAAGGAGAGUGUGUCGGAGCUCCAUAUUCUGAGCUCUGGGAAUGAUCAUGGCAACUGGUGUAUCAUUGCAGAGAAGAAGGAAAGUUGUGAUUGACCGGAUCAUUUCAGACAUCUCCUCCAAAAGAUGAACCCCAUUCUUCUCACUGGGUUUGUGAUAUGGUUCCCUGAAGGGGCAUCCAAUUUCGUCAUUUGGUCUGUAUUUAAUCCAUUUAUAUUUUGGUCUAUAGAGACUAUGAAUUCAUCAUCUUUUUAGUCUAUAGACAAGCACAGUGCUUGGCAUCUGAAGCAUCUGACAAAGAGUAUUUGUGGUUAAAUGUUAAUAUAAGAGA